AUGCUCCUGCCCGGAAAAUCUCAGGACGAAAUCGCCCAAGUGCUCAGAAGAAUGAUUAAGGAAGACACAGAUGAUUCUGGAAAUAUAAAAGCAAGUUCGAGUUCUUCUUUCGAAUUGCGGAUACGCGAAAUCUAUUUGGAAAAUAAGAAAGAAUUAAAACAAAAAUCCAAUCAAGAAAGAAAAAAGUUCAAGAAAAAGAAAGCAAGGGUGACUGGCAUUGAUGAAGCCGACUCGGGAACAAGUAAAAGUACAGUUGGUAAACUUAUACCGAUGAGCAAUCAACCGAUACGAAAUGACUUAAAAGAUGUUAGCGAUGACGGAAAUGAUAUGGAUAACGAAUUUAGAAACGUGCAUUCAUCCAAUGGUCAGAAUGGGUUUUCUGAAAGUGUGGGGCCGUCUACAUCGUCUUUCUUAAUCAAUGACCCAGAUAUCCAGAUGAAAAGAAAUGGAAUGAAGUUACCUCCAGUCAGACUUUCACCUCUUGAAAACACAAUCGAUACACCGAAAAGAAAGAAAAAGAAAAAGAAAUUAAAAGAUACUUUUGAAGAUUCAGAAGUGUAA